CAUAAUCAGAUUUCUCUCUCGAAAACAGAAACUAUUGAGAGGCUUAGGAAUUGAAUCAGACAAUAGCCAACCGCAAAAGAGAGCAAAAGAUCACGAAAAAUGGGGCUGACUGAUGACCAAAUAGCAUCGAUGAAGGAAGCGUUCAAUUUGUUCGAUGCUGACAGCGACGACAAAAUCUCGACUUCCGAACUCGAAAUCUUGAUGCGUUCCCUCGGCGGCAACCCCACGCAGGCGCAACUGAAAUCCAUAAUCACCGAAGAGAAACUCACCACGCCCUUCGAUUUUCAGAGGUUCCUCGACCUCAUGUCGAAGCACUUGAAGGUGGAGCCGUUUGACAAACAGCUCCGUGACACCUUCCAGGUCCUCGACAAAGAGGGGACCGGUUUCAUCGUCGUGAAGGAGCUCAGGCACAUCCUUACUAGAAUUGGUGAGAAAUUGGAGCCUGCCGAGUUCGACGAGUGGAUCCCAGAGGUAGAUGUCGGAUCCGAUGGCAAGAUCCGCUACGAGGAUUUCAUCGCUCGCAUAGCCGCAAAAUGAGAAAGGUGAAA